GUCCUUUCAAACUCCGCCGUUUCAGGUUCCGCGCUCCCGGAUCGCGUCAUUGCACGUGAUGUUGACCUUUUGUUGAUGCAAAUUCCGACUCCCUUUCUCUCGUUCUUUCCACUACCAUCGUUCUUCCUCAGUUCUUCAGGCAUCGAUACUCCACGAAAAAGUGCCUCUAUUCAUCCACUUCUAGCUCAUGGCCAGGGAGAACGGUGUUGCGGUUGAAUAUUUCUUCGAGUAUGUGGACCAUAGAUUUAUCUCUUCUAUUGUCACUGACUACUCUUCUCUAUUUGCCUCAGAACUCGACCACACUGACAUCCUCUCUACCCCCAGCUAUGGAAGUUGUGCGACAAUCCCGUGACUCUUUGGUGCCCUUGCGAUAUCUGUUUAGGGAUGGAGGACAUUCCCGCAGUCAGGGUGAGUCAAGACUGCCGGCUACUUUUGAUGCAAUGAUUUAUUUUGACGCCGUAGCCACUCGCUCAUUAAUACCUCUGCCGUGACGAUACCAUUAUCA